ACAAGGAGGACUUUAGCUUUGCAGUCCCUGUGUUUGCCUUUGCUACCUCAGAGGUCAAGUUUCACGUUGAGCAACAAGGUCAUGGCUUCACCCUGCACUCUCCUGUCAGAUGUGCAGUUUCAGUGUUGCAUCUGUGAGGAUGUUUUCUUUGAGCCAGUCUCCAUUCCCUGUGGUCACAGCUUCUGCUUCACCUGCAUCACAUCACACUGGGAUAGCAGCAUUGCCAUCAGCUGCCCUAAAUGUCAGACAGUCUUUGAGGGCCGCCCAGAGCUUUGUGAAAACUAUUUCGCCAAGGAAAUGUCAGAGCAGAUCCGAGCAAGAAGGCAGAAUGACAUCAUACCAGGAAAAAGCAUCCAUUGUGAUGUGUGCGUUGGGAAGCAAACAAAGGCUUUGAAGUCCUGCCUCAUGUGUCUGACCUCGUACUGUGAGAGCCACCUGGAGCCUCACCUGAGAGUUGCCACCUUGAAGAUUCACAAGUUGAUUGAACCUAUUGCAAUGCUGGAGAGCAGGAUGUGUAAAAAGCACCAAAGGCUCCUGGAACUGUAUUGCAGGAGCGACCAGAGGUGUGUGUGCGUGCUGUGCACUGAGACCGACCACCGCUGUCAUGACACUGUCCCAGUGGAGCGAGAGAGUCAGAAAAAGAAGGCUCAGAUGAAAAGGAUUGAGGCUGAUGUUAAGCAGAUGAUCCAGGACAGGCUGCAGAAAGUGGAGGAGAUCAAACACUCUGUGGAGCUCAGCAAACAAAACUCAAAGAGGGACAUUAGAGAAAGCAUGGAGGUCUUCUCUGUACUGUUUCGUUCCAUGGAGAGAAGUCAGGCUGAGCUGGUGGACACGAUCCAGAAGAAGCAGGCAGCAGAAGAAGAGAGGGCAGAGAGACUCAUCACAGAGCUGGAGCUGGAAAUUAGUGAGCUGGAGAGGAAGAGAAGUGAGAUGGUGCAGUUUUCUCACUCUGAGGACCACCUGCAUCUUCUGCAGAGGUUUCCGGCUCUGAGUUCACCUCCAUCUGCCAAAGCCUGCUCUGACAUCACUGUCCAUUCAGACACAUGUUUGGGGACUGUAAGGAGAGGCGUGGCCAACACUGAAGAGCAGAUCCAGUUGGCUUUGAAAAAGCUUUCUACUCAAGCGCAUGAGAAGAUGAAGCAAUAUGCAGCUGAUGUUCAUCUGGACCCUGGGACAGCCAACCCUUGGCUGGUUCUGUCAGAGGACCGGACACAGGUAUGGGAUGGAGAUGUUGAGCAGAACUUGGUGGACAUACCAGAGCGUUUUGACACAGCACCAUGUGUCAUUGCCACCCAGGGUUUCACCACAGGGAGGCACUACUGGGAGGUGGACGUGAGAGACAAGACAGCGUGGGACUUGGGUGUAGCUCAACAGUCAGUCAAGAGGAAAGGUGUGGUGACACUGUGCCCAGAGGAAGGCUAUUUAACUGUUUGUUUGAGGAAGGGCAGUGAGUACCGGGCAUGUGCAGGACAGGCAGAGCUGCUGUGUCUCGCUCAGAGGCCACAGGUUCUUGGGGUGUUUUUGGAUUACGAAGAUGGGACGGUGUCCUUUUAUGAUGCACAGGCCCAGUCACACAUCUAUUCCUUUACAAAGUUCCAAUUCACUGAGGCCAUGUUUCCCUUUUUUAACCCAGAAAUGAGUGAUGGUGGCAAUAACAGCUCACCACUUACCGUCUGCCCUGUCAGUGGAGUCAAUGGAGGCGGGGAUUUAGAUGAUAUUACAAUAUGAUGUCAAAUGUGUAUUCAGUCUGUUUAUAGUUUUCUCAUUUAAAACAGCAUAAGAUUGUUGUCUGUGUCAUCUCAAACACUUAUGGUUUUUGUUUCAUGAUUUUCAAACAUUGUCUUCUAAAAUCUAUUGUACAGAAACGUGAUUAGUUAUGCUCUUCAUCCCUAUUUGAUGUUUCAUUCACAACAGUAACUACUUUCAGAUAUAGAUGAAUAAUUAAUAUGGUAUUUCUAAUUUGCCUCCCUCCUUCAAUAAACUUCAAACUGUUGUA